ACAUGAAAACACUAAGACAAAUACUAAAAGUGCCACAAAACCCAAAUGGUCUUGUCCUUUGCAAUUUAUACAACAAAAUGGGAUGCAUUUAGCACUGUUAACAAGGAUCUAUCUCCUUUGGGAUCGAGCAGUAAGAACAACGUGCACGUCUGGGUUCCCAGAAAAGCUUUCCUGCCUUCAUCCUGAGAAGCGGUCUCAUGGGCAAGCCCACAGCUCCAGAAAGAUCUGCUUUGGCUUCAGUGGCAGACAGAGAGAUGCAGAGCCAGGAGCUGCCUGUAUGGCCAGGAGCAGGGCCACACACUGCACAUGGCUGGGCUGCCCCGUGCUGCUGGGCUGCUUCGUGCUGGGCUUUCUCACAGGAUGGUUUACAAAGCCAAGCGAAAGAAAACCCAACUCUGUCUAUCAGAAUGUGAGACAGAAACUUGUGGAUGAAAUGAAAGCUGAAAGCAUCAAGCGAUUCCUUCGCUCCUUUACCAAGUUGCCUCAUCUUGCAGGAACUGAGCAGAAUUUUCUUCUUGCCAAACAAAUUCAAGGCCAAUGGAAGGAAUUUGGAUUGGAUUCAGCAGAACUUGUUCAUUAUGAUGUGCUGCUUUCAUACCCAAGUGAAACACAGUCAAACUACAUCUCAGUAAUUGAUGAUCGAGGGAAUGAGAUUUUCAAUACUUCAUCAUUUGAACCACCUCCUCAGGGAUAUGAAAAUGUUACUGAUAUAUUGCCACCAUAUAAUGCUUUUUCAGCGCCAGGAAUGCCAGAGGCAGAUCUGGUAUAUGUGAAUUAUGGCCGCACUGAAGACUUUAUGAAACUGGAGCGUGAAAUGGGAAUUAACUGUACAGGAAAGAUUGUCAUAGCCAGAUAUGGGAAGAUCUUCAGAGGAAACAAAGUUAAAAAUGCCAUUUUAGCAGGAGCCAUAGGGAUCAUACUUUAUUCAGACCCUGCUGAUUACUGUGCCCCAGGAGUAGAUCCUUACCCAGAUGGCUGGAACCUUCCAGGCAGAGGAGUCCAGCGUGGGAAUGUGCUGAACCUGAAUGGAGCUGGGGACCCUCUAACACCCGGUUAUCCUGCAAAAGAGUACAUUUUUCGAUACAAAGUUAAUGAAGGUGUAGGGAUUCCAAAAAUCCCAGUUCAUCCCAUUGGAUAUCAUGAUGCAGAAGUGUUAUUGCGUGCAAUGGGAGGACCCGCAGCUCCAGACAGCACCUGGAAGGGAGCUCUCAAUGUGUCUUAUAACAUAGGGCCAGGAUUUGUGCACAGCUUUUCAACAAGAAAAGUCAGAAUGCAUGUUCAUACAAACAAUAAAGUUGCUCGAAUUUACAACGUUGUUGGUAUCAUCAGAGGAGCUGUGGAACCAGAUAGAUACGUUAUUUUGGGAGGUCAUAGAGACUCCUGGGUGUUUGGCGGUAUUGAUCCAAGUACGGGUGCAGCUGUUCUUCAAGAGGUUGUUCGAAGUUUUGGUAAAAUGAAGAUGGAAGGUUGGAGACCCAAGCGAACUAUCAUUUUUGCCAGUUGGGAUGCAGAGGAGUUUGGGUUGCUGGGUUCCACAGAGUGGGCUGAGGAAAAUGCCAGAGUCCUCCAGGAACGGGCAGUGGCGUACAUCAAUACAGACUCUUCUAUAGAAGGCAACUACACGUUGCGAGUUGACUGCACCCCUCUUCUCUACAAACUGAUACACAACCUAACAAAAGAGAUUUCAAGCCCUGAUGAAGGUUAUGAAAAUAAAUCUCUUUAUGAGAGUUGGCUUGAGAAAGACCCCGCACCUGAAAAUAACAGUUAUCCCAGAAUAAACAAACUGGGAUCAGGCAGUGAUUUUGAAGCUUACUUCCAGCGACUGGGAAUUGCAUCUGGCAGAGUCCGCUACACCAAGAACAGGAAAACAGAUAAAUACAGCAAUUAUCCUGUUUAUCACACUGUGUAUGAGACCUUUGAGUUAGUGGAAAAAUUUUAUGACCCCACCUUCAAGAAGCAGCUAGCAAUUGCCAAGCUGCGAGGCAAACUGGUUUAUGAACUUGCAGAUUCCCAGGUCAUUCCAUUCGACUGUAGAGACUAUGGAGAGGCCUUAAAAGGAUACAGCAACAGAAUCUAUAAAUUGGCCAAGAAACAUGAAGAACAGCUGAAAACAUACAGAGUGUCAUUUGAUCCUCUUUUUUCCGCCGUGGGGAACUUCUCAGAGGCUGCAGCUGAAUUUCACAGGAGGCUUGAGCAAGUGGACAGGAAGGACCCAGUUGCAGUGCGAAUCAUGAACGAUCAGCUGAUGUUUAUAGAAAGAGCUUUCAUUGAUCCUCUUGGCUUACCAGGAAGGAAGUUUUACAGACACAUCAUCUUCGCUCCAAGCAACCACAACAAGUAUGCUGGAGAGUCCUUUCCAGGUAUCUAUGAUGCCAUGUUUGAUAUUGAAAGCAAAACAGACCUUCACGGAGCCUGGGAAGAAGUCAAGAGGCAGAUUUCCAUUGCAGCCUUCACUGUGCAGGCAGCUGCAGAGACACUGAAAGAAGUAGCAUAGGAUGAUGGCUUCAAAAAACGCACUGUACUGCGGCUACUGCAGUGACCCAUCCUCAGCUAACUGCACUCUGUGUAUGAGAUCCCAGCCUUCAAAAGCAUUUUCUUGGAGGUUUACAGAGACUGGUGAACAGUGAGGAUCCAUCGCUCUGGCAGUGACUGUGUACCUCCAUCCUGUAGAUGGAAAACAGAGAUUGUGGGAUAACUGAGAACUGACCUCUCUGCUCCUGUUGAUGCUCUCACCAGUCCCAAACCAGUUACAUCUUUGGCUCUUUUUCUUUCUUUUUUUUCCUGGAAGAGCUCUCUCACACAGUGAUGUCUCCUUCCAGUUGAAGGGGGUGGAUGGCAGCAUUGCCACUAUUGGUGCAGGGCUGGAGUGUAUGGAGUAAUGCUGUCUUUUGAUAAGAUCUGAGAGUUUCCCAUCAGAGAAUCCUUAGAAUUGGAAGGGACCUUUAAUGGUCAUCUAGUCCAACCCCCCUGCAAUAAACAAGGUCAUCUACAGCUAGAUCAGGUGCUCAGGACCUAGUCCAGCCUCCCUUUGCAAAUCUCCAGGGAUGGGGCAUCAACCACAUCUCUGGGCAACCUGUUCCAGUGCUUCACCACCCUCACUAUAAAAUACUUUUUAUAUCUAACCUAAAUCUACCCUCUUUAAGCUAGAAGCCAUUUCUCCUUGCUCUAUCACUACAAACCCGGCUGAAGAGUCUGUCCCUUUCCUUCCCGUAGAUCCCCUUAAGAUGUUCGAAGUCUGAACUGUUCAAAACUGUUUAAUCUGCAAAUAAAUAAAUAAAUCAUUUAAGAAGUUUCAUUUGCCUCUAAA